CUGACAGCCACAAAAUAAAAAACAAAACAAACAAUCAUUUUGGUGCGGUUCGUUUUCGCCUUUUGGGGCGGUUUGUGAACGAGAAUAAAUAACUUUGUCUCGAUUUUAAAUCAUGUCUACUAUUAACUAUACGACCCGCACCGAAGGGCAGACGAAAAUCAACACUAUAAUUUGGACAGUGCCAAAUUUUAUUGUUCUAUUAGAAAACAAAACUACCCGAGAGUUUCGCACCGAAAAAUCUAAAGAUCCGGCCGAUUUAUCGGAAUCUCGAUUUCAAUUAAAAAUGCAAUUCUUGGGGAGAGAUAAUGAUAUCAUUGAAAUCUACUAUUUAUCUCCUGCUCCUGUUUUCUUGAAGUCUAUUUUGACCAUAUGUUUGAAACGCUUCGAAGAGCGCUCUAUUGUUAUAAAGGAAUACCAUACUGUUCAGGCAAAUAAGUGGCAGUAUUUAGCCACGCUGUUCAAGCGAGAUAUCGCCAGUUAUGACGGCAGAGACAUUUUCUUGCUUAGUGAUGGAAGUCUCAGGCUUAAGUUCCAGUUUAUGGUAACUAAUGACAUAAAAGUAGAUCGCACUAACGUACCCGAAGCACAAUUAAGUAACGACUUUGAGAACUUGCUGAACAAUGGCAUGUUUUCUGAUGUGACCAUGAAAUCUGCUGAGCAGAUUGAAUAUAAGGUCCACAAAGCAGUUUUAGCCAGCCGCAGUGCUGUAAUGAAAGCUCAUUUUGAGCACAAUACUACAGAAUGCUACACUAAUGUUGUUGAGUCACCUCUUGAAUCUGAAGUCUUGAAAGAAGUCCUGACUUUUAUAUACAGUGAUAAGGCUCCAAGAGUGGAUGAAAUUCCAGAGAAAUUGUUGGCUGCAGCUGACUAUUAUCAACUUAGUCGACUAAAGAGUCUUUGUGAAGAGGCUUUACAUAAGAAAUUGACGGUUGAUAAUGCAAUAGAAACUUUGCAACUGGCUGACCUGCACUCUGCAAAUGCUUUAAAACAGUUGACUCUGGAGUUCAUCAAAGAUGGCCAGGCUAAACUGAUAACUAAAACUGAGGGAUGGGCCAAAGUGAAGUCUGUAGAACUUAUCAAAAGGAUUUAUGAAUACAUCAUGGCUGAUGAUAUUGAUGCAGAUAUAAAAUAAACUAUCAAAUCAUGUAGUGAGACAAUAUUUACUCUUAUGAAAUUCCUAAUGCAUUUGCAAUGUACUUAAUAAAUUACUACAAUUUCAAAGUUAUGUAUAUAGUUGAAAAUAUUAUUUAUUACUGAAUAUAAAGAUUAUGUAACUUUUUUUUUAUGAUUAUGUGCAAAUGAGAGAUUUAUUUUGUGGCAUGGGCUCAACAUAAAUUAAUGACAUUUAUUUGUUCUGUGAUAUGGCUUUUGGAUAUUAAAUUCUUAUCUAUUCAAGCAUUUAUGAAUAAUUCUUAUAAAAAUCCCAAGAAGGAAAUUGUGAGUUAAAAGUAGAAAAUCUAAUUGUAACUCAAUUAUUGUAAGUUACGUACCUAACGAUAUUAGAAUCCUAAAAAAAUAUUAAAGUUUUACUCAAUUA